GUGGCCAUAGUUGAUCCGAGAUGGCGGAUAGUGAGCGGCGCACGAAGCGAUCCCGCUUUGACCAGACAGAAUCCGAGCCCCGACGGUCCCGUUUUGAUCGGCGCUCACGCUCUCCCUCUGCACGUCAAUCUGAAUCCGCGCGUGAACGAAGCCCUUUGAGUCGAGAACCCCAGAGCCCGACCAAGGAUGACAAGAGGAAAUCAAGCACUCCGCUUGACCCUGCUGCUGCUGCAGCGGCUGCUGCGGCCAAGAUCAAGGCACAGCUAGAAGCCCGAGGGGUCCAGCAACCUAGCACUCCGACCGUCCGCGCAACUGCCAGCCCCGCCGUGAAAUCGCCCUCCUCAACGACGCAGCAGUUCCCGAAUCUCAAUGGUGAGAUUUAUAUCUCCGAUGGAGAUUACAUCAAAGAUAUUGAAGUGAACGAUCUUCGAAACCGGUAUACACUGACAAAAGGCGCGACGCAGAGAAUGAUCAAAGAAGAGACUGGCGCCGAUGUCACUACCAGGGGAAGCUAUCUCCCGGAUAAAAGCAUGGCUACUCCAUCGAAUCCACCGCUAUAUUUGCAUGUAACGAGCACAACGAAAGAAGGAUUAGAGAAGGCCAUCGAGAAGAUCGACGAGCUCAUGAAACAGGAGUUACCGAACCUUGUUGACCAGCGAAGGUUUCAGCGCAGGGACCGGGAAACAGUUGAACGGGAUGAAUUCGGUCGCCGUAAAUGGCCCGAGGAACGCAUACCUAUUGGACUUGAGCCUCUCGCGGGGUUCAAUCUUCGCGCACAAGUCGUAGGCCAGGGCGGGCAAUAUGUUAAGCAUAUCCAGCAAGAAACAGGAUGCCGGGUACAAAUCAAAGGGCGCGGAUCCGGAUUUAAAGAGCACGGUACCAAUCAGGAGAGUGAUGAACCCAUGUAUCUUCACGUUCUAGGCCCAGAUCCCAAUGAGGUGCAGAAGGCAAAGGAACUUUGCGAGGACCUCCUAGCAAAUGUUAAGGAGCAGUACGAACGAUUUAAAGAGCAGCCUCCACCACACCGAGGAUACGGGGGCGGAUAUGGCCAACGUGACCGCCACCAUUACGGAAUCGGUUAUAGCGGAGGCUAUAAUAAUCAAGGUUCUCCUCAGACACCUGCCCUGAGCCCACCAACAACAAGCGCACCAGGAACAACGCAAGCUCCAGGAGCUGCAAGCUCGACGGAUUACAGCGCUCAAUAUGCGCAAUAUUACGGCGGUUCUGACCCAUAUGCGGCGUAUGGAGGGUACCAGAAUUAUGUCGCUUAUUAUCAAUAUUAUCAACAGCAGGCAGCCGCACAACAACAAGCCCAGAGUACUUCUGCAUCCCCGCCGCCUCCUCCGCCUGCCUCUGAAGCUCCUCCGCCGCCUCCCCCGCCGUCUUCGAGCACCCCGCCCCCGCCUCCGCCCCCUUCUUCAGGCGGAUACAAUGCUGUUCCCCCUCCACCAGGAUUAUAGGCUGCGCUCUAAGGUAUAUUAAAUGCCGGGGGCUAAAUGUACUUUUUUUACUCUGUCUCAAAA